AUGACGCUCCUCGACGCCCACCUCGAGCAGAUUUCGCUCUGUUCCGCAUCAAUCGCCGAGCUGCCCUUUCCCCGCCCAAAGAUAUUCACCAAUGCACUGCUACACCCGCAUGACAUAACAGCUCUGAUCCGCGACACCGAGUCUCACGAGCGCGCCCUCUUCUCCGUACCACCUCCCCCGAAAGCCCCCGUGGCGCAGGAGCCCUCCUCUCUUUCUGGCUCCAACCGCCGCGCUACCGUAUUCAAUGCGCCGCGCCGCAACACCGCCGUCGCCGCAAUCCUAGGCAAUGACUUGGUCGAGCGCAUUCGCGAGGGCGGUGGCGGUGGCGCCGGGAGCACGCUGGGCUAUCGUUCGUAUGGUGGAGCCAGAGGCAGAGGCGACAUCGACGUGGAAACGCUGCUGGAGGGCGCAGAGAAGCUGUGUGGCGUCUACCAUAUCCCAGGUGUCAACCACAAGAUUGCACAGCUCAGACAGAGGCACGCGCGGCUCAGUUCGUCGAUCGAACAUUACGAGCUGCGCGUUGCCGAGCAGCAGGCAACCCUCGCCCGGAUGAACAAGCCACGCGACGAGUAUGGUGACGAGGCCGACGACGCUCCCCCGCCUGAACCGGAGCCGGAAGAAGCGCCUCUGACAAUGGAGGAUCUGAUGAGGGAGGAGGAGGAGAUCAGAGCUCUGGAGAGCAAGAAGCGUGGGUUGGAGGAUCGGGUCAACUCCAUGGGCAGGGAUAUAUACGGCGUGCAAAGGGCUUUGAGAUGA